UUAGCUAGUAGCUAGCUAAGCAUUGUCAAAACCUAAAGCUAACAAUAGACUAUUGCUCACUGGCAUAAUUAACAUGCUCCACUAUCACCGAAGAAUAUCAGCAAUCCAGUAGAAUCUUAAUACAUUGAAUCAAUAACUCUUUGGAUGGCCCAUUAUCUUGAAAAUUGUCAUCAUAAUGCUCCCCUGUAGAACCCCCCGCCAAGCCCAACAUGGCGUCUGAUAGCUCUCCGUCACAAGAGGGCAAGAAGAGGAAAAAGAAAAGUGACAGGGCUGUUAAGUGCAAGGAUAAUGGCACUGGGGUUGCAGCAGUCCAUGUGGACAUCGACGAGCUCACUGCCUCUGGGCACAGUGCCCUACAGGGGGGCAACUGUGAGGAAGCCCUCAGCUGCUUCAAAAAGGCCUUCAAAGCUUCUGUAGAGCUAAAAGAGACCCGGGUCCAGCGGGUAUGCGCCUUUAAUCUGGGUGCCGCGUACGUGGAGGCGGGCAAGCCCCAGAAGGGUCUAGAAUUCCUGACACGUGCCCAACCUGGAGAGCGAGGGGAGCGGGUCGCAGAUCUCCAGUUCAACCUGGGCGUGGCCCGCGAUGUGCUCGGUGAGCUUGGCCAGGCGACAGGACACUACCUCCAGGCCGCCCAGCUGUAUCGCUCCCAGGGGGAUGGUGCCAGUGAGGGGGACACAUGCAUGAAGAUGGCUCGCUGUCAUCUCCUCUUGCAGGAGUGGAGCUUGGCCGCCAGCAGCUGCCAGAGGGCGGGGGAGAGCUACAGGGUGGCAGGCAAACUGGACACCGCAGCCAUGGCCCUCAAAGAGGCAGGAAGUCACAUGCUCCGGUCCGACGACUUCACCAUGGAUGACAUCAUCAACGUGCUGACAGAGUGCCUGGAACUUAGCGAGAACGUCAAAGACCCCGAGUCACUGGGUGACCUGUACAAUGACCUGGGCUUGAGUUUCUCCCAGCUGAAGCUGUUUCAGGAGGCUGCCAGCUGCUAUGAGCGGGCACUGCCCCUAGCUGGCAUUGGGGCCAAGCCCAGCAGGCUGGCAGUGGUCCUGCAGAACCUGGGUGCUGCACACAACUCCCUGGGCAAGUACAGGCAGGCCCUGGAAUACCACACUCAGGCAGCCAGCUUGCACGGCUCCCAGGGGAGUCGCCGUUCCCAGGGCAGGUGCUUCAGUAACCUGGGCUUUGCCCUCAGUCAGCUGGGCCAGCAUGAGGAAGCUGCUGAGAACUACCUCCACGCCCUGCAGGCCUUCAAAGACACAGACGACUAUAAGGGGCAAUGUCAAGCGUAUGAGGGGUUGGGUGAGGCUCGCUUGAAGCUGAGAGACCUGAAGAAAGCUACGCAGUAUUACAAGCAAGCUUUGGGAGCUCUUUCACAGUGUAAGGACUCCUCCAGUAGUGUCCAGGAGCGUCUGGUCAACAAGCUGAGUGACACUCUGCAACUAACCCUCUCUCUGACCACCCCUGGCAGAUUACAGAGAGGUCCUGGUCCUCAUCGACACUCCCACAAUGGGAUUCUUCCUGGACAAGCUGCAAGGCUGCCUGACAUCAAAGGCACCAAGCCAGGGCCGGGCCUCCAAACUCUGGACCCGGAAUCCACCCAACACCACAGGGGUGGCCUUUCAAAUGGGCACAGGGUGGAGGGUGGCCCCCAGAUGAGUGGAGCUGGCUCCGUAGCAGGGUCUUCCCAGGAGCAGGUGGGGGGAGCGGGAGCCCUGGGCCAGGAUGGAGACCAGACGCAGAGACAGACCACAGGAGAGGAAGCUGGGCACGUGUCAACUCUCAGAGGAGUGACACCAGAGCAGUCAGGCCAUGUGACUGUGCUUCCUGGGGCCAAUAGAAACCUAAACAAUACAUAUGAGCACCCAGACUCACACUACCAGAACCAGAGCAUCUCUGGCAGCAUUGGGAACACUCAGCAAAGUGAACAUUUGUACGAAAGUAUAAAAACUAGGAAAAUGCAAAUGAACAGUGAGACCCCACUGGUCGAAGACCAAGAGGCUCCACCUACUAGUGGAUCGGUUAAUGAAGACGCCACAGCCCUGAUUAAAAAGUGGAAGUCUCGAAUAUGUACAGUCAUGUGAAUGGUGUAAUUAAGUACUAACUAGCCAUUCACAAAGAAUGUUUUACAGCCUCAAUUUGUCAAAUUUGUACUGGUAUGUGCAUGUAAAUAUUGUUCUUGGAGGGUUUUGUUGAUUAUUGAUGAUUGAUAUUUGUUGAUAUUUGUCUAAGGGCCUCAUACUUUUAAUUAUAUUUCUAUGUAGGCUUUUUUACUAAUGGCUUAGCAAGCAAUAGAAUCAAAUGGAAAAGGGCUCUGGGAACACUUCACAGAUGUAUCUGUACUGAUGUGCACUUAUUCACAUGUACAAAUGACUGUGGGUUAUGAAUUAUGAAAUAAAUUAUAAUUUUACAAUG